UAAGCCCCCUCAACAGUGAGGGGUGAACAACAGGCUUGAAAGGUCAGGCAAGAAGAGUCUUGGGCUGCAGGGAGACAGAUUAGACCCGAAAACGUGUAACUGAGUAGAAAGGAAAGGAGCAAUUAAGAGAUCAAUGCAGGGGCAGGGAGCGGGGGUAGGGGAACAGUUCAGCUAUCACGUUCUGUUCCUCUCCUCUGGGAUUACAGCAGAAGGGAUAGAAGUUAGAAUUCUGGAAGAAUGGAACUAAGUCAGGCUGAUUCAGGGUCAAGGAGUGGAUGGGGGUGCCGAGAGGAGAGUCCUUAGCACGGAGGAGCAGUGGAGGGAGGCAGACACUGGAGGCUUCUGGGUUCAGUAACAGGGGAGAAGUACUGACCCUCACUUGGUAUGAAGAACAGUGUGAUGGGGUAGCUCCAGCAUCCCACUUGGGGCAGUUGCCAUGGGAUGGGGGACAGAGGGAGAAGGGAGGACUAGAGGGGAUGCUAGAGUCGCCUCCCAAACCUCAGGGUCUCAGCCUGGUCGCCCAGGUGGUGGGAAGUGCAGAGAGAUCCCUAGCUAAAAUUAUUCUGGCCUGGCAGUCAAGCUUGAGGCUUUAAAGGGCAAGGACCUGGUGGAUGAACAAGGAGGGGAAAGAGACCCAGGGGUCCAUACCUAUUGAGCUAGACCUGGCAUAGAAAAUCUGUGAAAACCACAUGCAACAUUCUUUUGGAGUGUGCAGCUCAAAUGCAGUUGGAAAGUGGGCUGUUGGACAACUUGAGCUUGCUGCUGGGUUUGUGGCUUGCGUGUGUGUGUGUGUGUGUGCGCGCGCGCUACAGUCUCCAUCCUACCCCCACUCCCACGCUCCCCCCUCCCCUCCAGCCACCCUGGGAUUGGUGACUCUCAGCCCCUCCCCUCAGCUCCCCCAGACCCUCCCAGAGCCUUUAUCAGGGAGCUGGGACGGAGUUCCUGCCACAUUCCCAGAUCCCUUCCACGCCCCUUCUCUCUUCAGGUGACUCCUCCAGCGGCAUCAGCGAGUGUGGGGAGUGGGCUGAGCUCCCAGCUUCCAGCCAGCUCCCUGAUCCUGCCAGACUGUUUGGCCCAGGCUCAAAGCUGCCCCACAGGUAGGCAUGAUUGAGCGAGGGAGUGGGAAAAUGUUGGAUGGACUGGGAGCUGGUGCCUAGGGGCAGGGGCCAGAGUCAGGAGGGAGUGAAGGAGGUGACUACCUCUGACAGGGAACAGAGUACUGGGAAGUUGAGCAGAAAGCACCAGUGGUUAAUGUUUGGAGCCUGUGGAUGCAGACUGAUUCUUCUACACCAGAAAGUUUUUGCCUAAGUCUCGGGGUUACCUAAUGUCGGAAAAUAGCAUCCAGGGUCCCUCCUCAAGCCAACUAAGGAAAUAGUGCCUGCCCUAUUGUGCACGUCCUGUAAGUCUAUCCUUGGGUGCCUAGAGUCCUCCAGCACCAUUGCCUUAUUGCUCAUUGCCAGGUACAUGUCCUAGGGAGAUGUCUGAUGGGAAACUGAGCCCAAGGGAUGUAUUCCCUGCUCAGAGAUACUCUUCACUGGUUCCCAACACCAGGGGCUUGGGAGGGAGAGUUGGGGGCUGGGGGCACAGGGUCAAGUCAAGCUUCUCCUCAUGAAUGUCUCCUGCGUUUGCACCAGGGCUGAGAACCCUGCCUGCAUCCUCCUUCUUCCCUCCCUUUGCCAGUCUGGCCCUUUGCCCUCCCAGGCACCAUGAGGAGCACCCUGCUGUUUGCAGCCAUCCUGGCCGUCAGCCUGAUCCAGAGCUGCAGGGCUGCCUGUGAGGAGUCACAGGAGCAGGUGGUGCCUGGCAGGGGGCACAGCAAGAAGGACUUGGAUCUCUACCAGCUGCCCCCGUCGUUGCUCCGGAGACUCUUGGACAGCCGCUCAGUCUAUCUGGAUGGGUUGCUCAAAAUGCUGAGCAAGGCCAGCCUGGGUCCUAAGGAAUCAUCACUUCCCCAGAAACGUGACAUGCAUGACUUCUUUGUGGGACUGAUGGGCAAGAGGAACAUCCAGCCAGACACUCCUAUUGAUGUGAAUCAAGAGAACAUCCCCAGCUUUGGCAACCUCCAGUAUCCCCCCAAUGCAGAAUGA